CAGACAAAUUGAAGGCCAAAGGAUAGCCUUCAUUGUUAUCCGUCCUUCAGCUAGAGAUGUCUCAAAUCACUAAAAGAGACGCGGAUACCGCGUUUGAGGGCGCCGAAAAUAGUAGCCCUCACGCACUUAAACGGCAGAGGAAACGCAAAAAUCGCACCAAGGAAGACAAAGAUAUUCCACAACAGCCAGAGACCGGCUCUUCCCCUGCGCCGCCUUCUUCGGCAAAGCGGAGGAAGAAUCAGGUUGUGACGCCCCAGAAACAUGUCUCUAGUCCGGCACAAGCAUCAAGAACGACAGACAGCAUCACCAAAGCAUCAAAGCCUCAUGCCGAGACAUUGGUGCAGGAGUCGAAGUCCGUGGACGAUUUGAUCGCCGGGUUGACCAAUGUCGGAGAUGACAACAAGAAGUCCUUGGUGAAGAACAACAAGAAGAAGAAGAAGCAACAGAAGGCCUCGCAGGUGGAGAAGAGCAAAAGGAUACACACGGAUGGCGGUAUGAAUGCCUGGGAGCUAUCAUCGAGCACGGGAGGCUUGUUCAUCAAUCAGGACCCUCUUUUGACUGAGGACGACCAGUUCUUGAUACUACCGACUCACUCCGAAAUUCAAGUCUACGCUACCAAGACCUCUCUUCUAGUCAGGAGUUUCCGUGUCGAUAACAAGUCGGAUAUCACAAGCUGUGUCAUCUCCAACGCUGAUCCAAGCAAAGUGUAUGUUACCAGCUCGAGGGGUCUCCUUUCGCUAUGGGAUUGGACAACUGGGGAAAGAAUCUGUCGUCAUGACACUGGUCAUGGACUGCAACAAGUCUUACCUCUUGUAGCCCCGGAUGGAAAGGAAACAAUACUCGCUCUACAGGAAGGGCAAGCCACCAAGUCCACUCUUGUGUUCGACUUCGAAUUCUCUACCCGCCAAUUUAAGCACUUGAAGACCGUGCUCCAGAAGGCCAACGUGGUGCCCAAUAUCAGAUCUUUCGCCGACGGAGCUGUCUUGGUUGCUUGUGCGGAUGAUAGGCUCCUGGUCGGCCAAUCACAACAUGACUCGGAAGGCAGGCUUGGGCUGGACUAUACAUGGCGUGAAGUGUCUGUUUCUGCGCCGAUUCUAAGUUUUGAUGCUCAGAUCAAUUUGGGGAAAGCGAAAAGUGGCAGAAAGGUGCCUUUUCUGGAUGUGGUGAUUGGUCUGAACAAUGGAGUCAUCGUUGCCUACGAAGACCUUCUCUUCAAACUUAUUGGCAAAGAGAAGAAGAACUCGAAAGACGAGGUGUUAGCCCGCAAGCUUCACUGGCACCGAAGUGGGGUCAACGCCGUCAAAUGGUCUCGCGAUCGCAAUUAUAUCAUUUCCGGGGGAAACGAAACCGUGCUUGUCAUCUGGCAGUUAGAUACAAACCAGAGGCAAUAUCUGCCGCAUUUGUCGACGCCUAUUCUUGGUUUGACAGUGUCUGCAACAGGAUCAGCGUAUGCGCUGCGGCUGGCUGACAAUUCGGUCAUGGUUUUGUCAACGGCAGAUUUGUUACCAUUUGCGAGCGUCAGCGGUCUCGCUUUGGGUCCUGCAGCCGCAAGUGCCUCUACAAUGGCACUGCACCCUACCACAGCCAAUCGACUAGUGGCUGCAGCUACUGGCGAUGCCGUCACGCAGGGUUCUCGCCGCCCGAAAAACUUGACCCUGCUUCAAGAAUAUGAUAUGGAGUCAAAUCUUCAAUUAGGCCGUCAGGCUUUGACGAGGAAUAUGACGACUGCGAAGAAUGUCGCGCCAUCUGGUGGGACUGUGAGAGAACCCAAUGUCACUCACCUUGGCAUUAGCCACGACGGAAAGUGGCUGGCAACGGUUGAUCAGUGGUGGCCAAAUGAGCAAGAUAUCGAGACAUUGUACAUCAGUACAGACGAUGCUCGAACUCGCGGUGCUGUUGUCGAGACCACUCUCAAAUUCUGGCGUUGGAAUGAGGACGAGAACACUUGGGAACUAGUAACUCGAGUUGACGAGCCUCACAAGCCCGGGGCUCUGUCUGUUCUUGGUCUGGCAGUCAACCCGACCAAGACCGAAUUCUCUACAAUUGGUUCGGAUGCCUCGAUUCGGAUAUGGUCGCCAAAAGCCCGACAUAGGAAUGGAGUACCCGUCAAGAACAAAUCCAGUGAGCAACUGUACACUUGGAGCAGCUCAAGGACGAUCAAAUGCGAUUCCGAGACGCAAGACCCUGAUAAACCAGCAGCCUUUGCAGAUUUGGCAUACUCUGAUGAUGCGUCUGUGCUGGCAGCGUCAUGGUCUGGUCCGGCGACGAGUCCUCGCUACGUCCAUCUCAUUGAUCCUGGGACGGGCCAGAUCUGCGUGUCGCUUCCGGACAUUCUGUCAUGGGUGAAUGGCAGACUUGCCUUUGCCGGGCGUUAUCUUGUUGCUGUUUCCCAGACUCUCAACAUCGUCAAUACCUUGACAACCCAGCUCGUUGCCAGUAUCGCCCUUGACCACGAGUAUGUCAGGCCAACCAGCCAAAGUCCGAGCCAUCUUGCCGUGAACAAACUGGAUGGAACUGUCGCCAUCAGCAUCUCGCGUGACAAAAUUCCUCGGGGUACGAAGCUGCUUGUCCUAAGCCUCCGUACCGGGGAGCUCCAGACUGUCUUCGAGACUUCGUUUACGGGGACACUGAAAGGCCUCCUCGCAUGCCCCACGGCACCUGGAUAUCUGCUUCUGGACGACAAGAAUCGUUAUCGAACACUCAAGCCAACAGGUGCAUCGGGUCCCAUCCACUCAGCUUUGGCGGAGACGCAACAGAAACAGGACCAUGGCCUAACUUCUCGGAGCCUGGAUAGUAUUUUCGGUCAUGGGCAUACCGCCGUCCCAGGCGAUGUUCCUCCAGCUGCUGUUGAAGGGCGAAGACUUCUGACUGCAGGAGAGGCCAUCAAAGACUCGAAAUCUACUGCUACAGGUUUAGACGGCGUGUUGAACAUAAUCACGUCGGCAUCUGCGCCAUCUCCGGAACAACUGUUCGAGAGGGUCGUGCAAGCAGUAGCACGGGCGUAAGAUGUGACGGUUAGGAGUUACGAGGUUGGUUGAAGAUGCGGUGGCUGAUACCGAACUGGGUGAAACGGGAUGGCCAUACUACUAUCCUCGGAACUUGUAGACAAAAUGAGAACCACUUUACUGAGAAUUGUUUUUCUCUGACCAUCCCUGUCAUCAGGGGCAAAUGCUCCGGUACACAGUACUUGGUCGCAAGCAGCGGAGAUAGAAUAAUGACUAAGCAGAUUACCAGCUGCCGGUGCAUGUGAUUGGUGGAGGAGCGGAAAAACAUGAAUCGCGGCCGGCGAUAGUUUGAUGCGGGGUCCAGCCUCCCGGAUUCGCAGAGCAGAGCUAGCUACGCUGCAGUGCAGUCGCAGUUCGCUGUACCGGAUCCCGAG